AUGGCUCUUGGUAAUGCUAUCAUGAAGGUGAUAAUGACCUUUAUCCUUGCUGCAAUGGUGGUAGAUGGUUCAUACAACGUAAGCGAGCAAGUGCAAAAUUCUCGAUACAAUAUCAUGAGCAUGUCACGGCGUGGAGCUGCUACCUUUGUACGCAAUGAUGUUCUAUAUACAGUGGGAGGCGGUCGACAGGGAUACACCAUCAUCAAUGGAGAGUUUUGGGCAUUUUCGUUUAAUGAAGGCAAUGGCACGGUGAAUGCUGAUAGUUUACCAAGUCGUGUUCAAUCCCUUAUUCAUGCACAAGCAGUACUGCUUCCUGAUAACGACCGUGUAUUGCUCUUCGGUGGAUCGAAUUCCACUACUCGCCCGGAAGGUCAAAACGGCACUCUCUUUUUCCAGGAGUAUCGUUUCAGCACUGAUCAAUGGCAAACACUCCCUGUUACUUCCUCAACUCUCAACGGUCCUCUUCCACCCAAUCGAUACAAAUUCACAGCAACACUUGCCCCCAAUGGCAGAGUAUACAUUCAUGGUGGAGCGAUACCACCCACUGCAACACCAUUACGUGACCUUUGGGAAUUCGAUCCAUCCACGAACCGCUUCACCGAGAUCCCCUUGAACAACACUCUCAUUUCCCAUACAACCAUAUCACUUUCAGCCAUCGCCCUUACGGAUGGGAGAAUAGUAUAUCCUGUGGGGGAUACAUCAGGGUCAACGCAAGACCUCUUGAAUGUAGCAUUCGUCUUUGAUACAAACACGCGCACAGCCUCCAUGCAACCAUUAUCCAAUCAGACGGCAUAUCCUGCUGCAAAGUAUGGUGCCAAUGCUGUGUUAGCUAGGGAUAACAAGACCAUCUAUUAUUUUGGAGGUAGUACGCAUAGCUAUGGCUCACCCGACAAUGCUCAAUUCAAUUUGGCGUACAACGACUUGAAUAUCCUUGACACUACUUCUUGGACAUGGUUGCCGCCCAAGUCUAUUCGAGGAGAGCCACCUAAACCAAGACAUGAUGCAGCUGCUGGCUUGUUACUUGGAAAGUAUUGGGUGAUUUUGGGAGGUCUCUCUGAAUUUUACUGGACAAAUGAUUUCAACGUACUCGCGCUUCCAGACGCUGAUUCGGCAUCGGAUGACUUCACGUGGCUUUACAACAUCACCGAUCCAUCUUUGAGUAUGGCCGGCAUCGACACUCCUGGUAGCUUUCCAGCAAGUGCUAUUGUUGGAAUUGUCAUUGGCUCUGUCGCAUUCAUCAUACUGGUCAUCGUCAUUAUUUGGAUGACACGGAAGAGGAGACGCUCGUCAGCAACACCAUCUUGGCGGCCAACCAUUUGGGAAAAGCGUGUUGGAGAGCCUAAAUGGAUUGCUGUUUUGCACGCAAUAAUGAGGUUGAUCCUAGUAUUCUUGUUCACGGCAUACCUUGUGUACACCAUCAACCAGAUUGUCAACAGCCCAACGAGUACCAUGACACUUUCCGCCCCUGUAAAUCAAGUACAAGUCCCAGACAUGCGUUUUUGCUUUGAUGGGUGGAAUGAUGAAGAUGCCUUGUAUUUCAGUACCGAUACCGUUUCCAGAGCUGAGACAGCCAAGUGGAAUUUCACUCAUCGUUUGGACAUGUCCAACCUUCGCCCCUAUUACUCGGCCAGUAGAAUCGGCGCUCUUGAAUGCUGGUUGUUUAAGCCAUCACCUGAUUUCAAACUGGCAUAUCAAGCUGAUAUGCAAUCAAACAAUGGGACUCGACUCAAGUUUUUAUUUGGCGGCGUGUAUGAUGGCUCCAUGAACAGCUCUCGUGUGCAUAUCUCCAUUUAUCCUCCAAAUCGUGAUCCCAACAAGGUGGUUUAUCGAUAUGAAGAACAACCAAACCUUAGCAACGACGAGAUUCGACGUUGGAUGAAGCUCGAAUCGAAUGAUCAACAACCAGUAAAUGUAUACACGGCCGAAGUCAACACAUAUUCUUCGAUCAGCUAUCAGCUCAAGAAUCAUCGUUACCUUUCAGACAGCGGUUGGAAUGCUAUUGGAUUCGCCUCCAUCUAUAACAACACGCCCGAAGUCGAUACCGAUUUUCGUACGAGCAUUCAGGACGAGGAUAUGAUGGUCAAGAAUACGGUGGAUGUUUAUCCUGCCAACUUUAUGGAUGUGACUGAAGAAGAGCAACGUAUUCACACGCUUGUCAUGUCGAUUGGUUCGGUGGGUGGUUUGCUGUCGCUUUUUGUGUUUUUGGAUAGCGCUUUAUUUGGAUCACGACCUUCUGCAGUCAUUGGCAUCGUUCAAAAAUUGGCAAUUGGCAAGAUGAAACGCUCGAUCCAAAACAGUCAAUUGGAUGCAUUUGGAUUUCUAGGGCGUCCAGUGCCAUUUGUUCAUCCUGUCGACAGCAAAAGCAACCUUUUGAAUUCCCAUCAACGCCGGCAACAUGGACUCAAAGCUUUUAAGCAACAUGACACCACUACCGAACACGAUCAUGAUACGGAGGAUACCAAGAUAAUAGAACAUGCAAUGGAAGAGAACGUGCUACAUGACCAAGUCGCUGAGCUUACAAGAAGACUACAAUUGAUGGAACUGGUUUUCAAGAAUUAUUGCAUCGAUGACCAAAUUUUCAAGGAUCUUCAGAAUGCUCAUCAUCAUAAAGCAGAAAGCGCAAGGAAUGAAGGAGAUGUCGCUACCAUAAUCAAGCCCGGCAACAAUCAUGGUGAUAACGCAUUCACUCGAUUCUUUCGACGAAGGCGAUACGCUCGUCAGCGAUCAUUAGAAGAUGAAGAACAAUUACCCCAGCAACCAUAA